AUGACCUCGCAACUAUUCACACCAACCGAAGAAGAGCUCGAGCUAGCAGCCCACAUCCUCGCCUCCAAGGGACUCGAUGGCUCAGACUCUCGUCCCGGCUCGAGUUCGGGAAAGAGGGAGCCAGCAAUCAAAGGGGAGCAGGCGCGCGACAUCUUCAACCGCAGUGGGCUGCCAUUCGUUGUCUUGCGGGACGUUUGGGCCAUGGCGGACGAGAAUGGUAGCGGGGACCUCGAGAAACGCGAGAUCGCCAUUGCCCUGAGGCUAAUUGGGUGGGUUCAGGCGGGAGAGGGAUUGAGGAAGGAGCUGCUGGCCACAGCUGGUCCGCUGCCGACGCUCGAUGGGAUCACGAAUGUACCCCAGCGCUCAAAUGUUCCCAACGUGCCUCAGAUUACACUGUUUCCACCUGUGAGCAUGGAUGAUCUACGUGAGUAUAAGAGGAUGUUCGAUCGUGCACGUCCGGAUAAUGGGUUCUUGAAAGAGGAACAGCUUAUGGAGGCGUUCAUGACGUCGAAUCUCUCGUACGAAAACAUCCGGAGGAUCAUACAGGUAAUACACCAGAACCAAUACGACGCCUUCGACUUCCGCGAGUUCGCUCUGGGAAUGUACCUCGUCCAAGCUCUCCAGUCCUCUCUACUACACACCGUGCCGACUUCAAUACCUCUAGAACUUUACGACCAAUUUAACGAACCACCGCCCCCAAAGCCAAAGCCAAAGCCUACCACACUUCCACAACGAUCGAGGUCCACAUCAUUGCAAAUCCCCUCAUCACGUUUUGCUUCAACCUCACCAUCAUCUUCAGGUCAGAGCACGCCGUCUCCUAGGAUCAACGGCCAAGACGAAUAUUGGGGCGUUCCAGUUCACGAGCAACAAGAUGCCGAUCGACACUUCUACAAGCUAGACGAGGCCGGUCACGGUUUCUUGGAACGGGAUAUUUUUGAAGAGUUUGUGUCGGUUUAUAAGGUGCCAACAGCGGAUUUAGAGCGAAUACAAAAGCUUGCAGAUUUCAAUAGUGACGGUCGACUAGCACGCGAUGGGUUUAACAUCGCGAUGCAUCUAAUCAAGCGAAGGCUGGCCGGCGAAGAGGUCCCAGCUACCCUUCCAGCAUCUCUGAUACCACCCUCAAUACGAACCCGAUACCCUUCGUCACCAACGUCACCGUCUCUUUCUCCAAAGAUGUCGAUAAAGAAGUCACCUCCUCCCGUACCACCCAAGAAACGCGAUUCAAUCUCCAAACGCCCUGAUGGCUUUCAGCUACGCCCUCAAGCCUCCUUGGCGGCGAUCUCCUCGCUCUCUGGUGGCCCUUCGGCAAGAUACUCUGUCGCAAUGUCCCCUCCUCCCCUGUCUCCUCCCAUACUUAGUCGAAGGCCAACGUCAGUGUAUAACCCAGCGCCUGUAUCUACAUCUCCACCGCCACCUCCAUUUCCUAUUCCCCACUUCUCCAUGGCCCCAUACCCACCACCACCUCCUACACGUCCUCCACCGCCCGAACCGGAUGAUCCAUCACCUUUUGAUGAUCCUCAACAUCAAUUCCCUGUCCAAGAACAAUCACCUCCAUUGUCAAGUGUCUCCCCUCCGUCAGACCAACUUCAGCAAGCGGCGCUGGAAGAGUUCAAGAAGGAAACGACCAGACUUUCAGAGCAAGUGGAUACGCUAAUGGCUCAACUAGUCGGCCAAAACAGGCUUAGAGACCUGAAUGAUACCCUGCGGGCGGAGAAUGACCGUCUAAAGACGCAGGUGCGCGAGAUGGAGAGGACGGUCUCGGAGGUGCUGUCUGCUAACGAGCUUGCUGGGACGCAAGAGCAAGAACAGUACCUGCAUGAGAUCACUCGUCUCUCGACGGAAGUCGCGAACAAGGAGACCCAAUGCGAGAAUGCCGAGCGGAUGGUCGCCGUCCUGACUCAAGACGAACGCGAGCUGCGCGAGUCUCUGCGAGAAGCCAACUCAGCGACGGCCAAGGCCAAGGCGGAGGCGGAGGAGCUGAAGGAGGCUUUCACGGUGCAGCAGAGCGAGAUCAAGGACCUCAAGAUGCGCCUCGCGGACAUGGGCAAGGCGAUGGCCGAACCGGACACGGCGACGAACAACCGUGAGCUCAGGGUGCUCUUCAGGGACGUUACGAGGGAGAACGAGAACCUGAAGAGCCAGGUGAGGGACAUGCAGCGCUCGAUGGAACAGCUGCUCCUGACGAGCAAGCAGGGGGUGGUCGAGGAGAUGGGAAGGGAGAACAGGAGGCUGAGGAACCAGGUGCAGGAGCUCGAGCUCGUCGUGACGCAGCUCCACUCUACUUCGAGCUCCAACGUCAAUGGAACGGGCAGAGACAAGCGCAGCAAGCUCAGCAAGAGCCCCGAGAGCUACGCGCGGGAGAACGAGCAGCUGAAAGGCCAAUUGCGCGACGGUCAACGCCAGUUCGCCGAGUUUCGUUCGACGAGCGAGACCAGGGCGGUCGAGCUGCAACAAAGGCUUGACACAUUGACAGAAGAGAACGAGAGGUUGAAGGCUGCUGCUGCGACGUCGGCGGCGAGGAGACAACAGACACAGGAGGAUAAUAGCGCCCCUCCACCCGCAUACGACGAUACGUUUGUCAUCCCGCCAGAGACGCAGAGAUGA